AACUGUUUUUUCUUUUAUCAACCUUGACUGCAUUUUAAACACUUAUUAAACCAUGUCGUAUUCGGAUGAAGGUGACCUUGAUUGUCCUCUUUGUAUGGAGGAAAUUGAUAUAUCCGACAAGUACUUUAAACCUUGUCCUUGUGGUUAUCAGAUCUGUCGAUUCUGCUGGAAUCAUAUUAAAAAUAACUUGAAUGGUCUUUGUCCUGCUUGUCGUCGUCCUUAUUCUGAAGACUCGAUAGAGUUCAAACCUGUUCCUCCUGAAGAAGUCGCAAGACUCAAAAAUGCUAAAAAGAAGAAGGAGCGUGAGCGCAAGGAACACGAUCUUGCUGCCAGAAAACAACUCGCUAAUGUGAGAGUCGUUCAAAAAAAUCUGGUCUAUGUGCUGGGUUUGCCCCCUAAACUGCAAAAUGAUGAGAUUCUUCGCUCCCAUGACUACUUUGGUCAGUACGGAAAAAUUACAAAGGUUGUCGUCAAUCGUCGUGUUCAACCUCAUAAUGUGUCCAUGUCCCCUGCUUCAAACAACAAUGGUGUGUACGUCACCUAUGCACGCAAGGAUGAUGCUACUCGUGCAAUCGAUGCUGUCGAUGGCAGUCUUUGUGAAGGCAGAGUCGUUCGUGCAACGUAUGGAACAACAAAGUAUUGUUCUUACUUUCUUAAAAACCAGCCUUGUCAAAAUGUAGGAUGUCAGUUUCUGCACGAGCCAGGUGAGGAAGCCGACACGUAUAUCAAGGACGAGACCAUGUAUGUAUUCUAA